GCUACAAACCUCGACAAACCCAGCUCAUCAAGUGCUUCCAUUCAGCAGCUUCUCUCAAGGGAUGUUGCCUGCCAGACAGAACACCUGGAAACGCAUACUUCAGCAGACCCCCGACACCAUUUCAAUCAAGGUUGAAGAGGAUAUUGGUGGAGGCUUGCCCGCCGUAGAAGACUGCGAUGCCUUCAGAGACCGUAGCACUCAGCGCGGCGCCACCUCAGAGAGUCUGGGUGUGGUCGCCCCUGGCUCCUCCCACAUGUCCAGCCACAGUGAGGAACUGAAGAUUCUGAGCGUCUACGGAAAAGGGGAGGGCCCACUGGCGGAGGACGGCCAUGGCACCCUCUUCACCGCGUCAGAAGUGGAGGCCCUGAACUCGCUGUCUGCGGACCACAGCGCGGCCAAGAGCCUGGAGCGCGCCGAGCGGUUGGUCUGCCGCGAGGAGCUGAGUGUGCAGCAGCAGACCCCGGACACCAUUUCAAUCAAGGUUGAAGAGGAUAUUGGUGGAGGCAUGCCCGCCGUAGAAGACAAUGUCAUCAGAGACUGCAGCACGCAGCGCGGCGCCACCUCGGAGAGUCUGCGUGUGGACGCCCCUGGCUCCUCCCACAUGUCGGGUCACAGCGGGGAGCUGCGCAUCCUGAGCGUCUACGGACAAGGGGAGGGCCCUCUGGCGGUGGACGGCCAUGACACCCUCUUUGCCGCGUCAGAACUGGAGGUCUUGAGCUCGCUGUCUGCUGACCACAGCGUGGCCAAGAGCCUGAACUGCAGCGUACGGCUCGUCCGCCUUGAGGAGCUGACUGGGCAUCAGGGCGGCCGCAAGGGCCGGCCCGGUGUCUUGUGUGGAAAGGUUGACAGAUCCUAGAGGUGGUUGAAAAGGCCAAGAAAGAUGUGUGUGACCUCCUGAAGAAUGGACGGGCUUUUAGUUAUGCAGUCCUGAAGCAAAUCGUCUCAUCACCAAAUCCACUCGAAGGAUUGAUUGAGGAGCUGAAAUACCAUCACUUGUUUGUGACAGGAGUCCCUCCUCCUCUGCCCAUUGGUAAUCCAAGGUUGGUCACCGAAACCCUUUCUGAAUGCCCUGGGGAGGCACCCGGAGAGACAGAGCCAUCUGUUGUGGAAUCUUGCGGCAGCGAUGAGCUUUUUCAAUGUAGACAAGAGAAAACGUAUACCAAAGACAAAAUGGUGAAAGCGAAGGAUUUAGGCAUUUUGAAAAAGCAUUCAGCAGAUCAUCCAUUGCUCAAGCGCUUUGCCGACUACCUAAAGAAUGAUUACGAAAAUGCAAAGUACCAACAGGAGGUUGACACUGUUUCCCGGUACCUGUAUUUUGCUGAUCCUACGGAACCAUCUUUGAAGUUUUUCAAUGACGGAGAGAAGCUCAGAGACUUCCUGGGUCAACAGGCUAAGGCAGGGUAUAAGGCGCAAACAUCAGGAAAUUACAUCAAGUGCUUGAAAAGGUUCUUGGAGUUCCACUUGACAAGGACCGGCUUGAGACAGGAUGACGGGGAGCUCUAUAGGCAGUGCACAUUAUAUUUCAGUUUUUUAACUUCUUCACAGAGUGUCCUCUCUAAGCAAGCGAGCAAAGAAAUUGUGCAAAAGAGGCAUGCCUUGUUGUUUGACAAAAGUCAACCCACACCUCGUGAAUGCUUGGCUGUUCUUGAUAAAGGUGAAGGUGACUUAGUGAAAAUCAUGAAUCAACUUGAUGACAGUUCUUCUUCCUCCCUGAGUAGGACUGAGUGCAUAUUUGUGCUAUACUAUCUUGAGGCAAUUGUCAUACUAAGACACUGCCAACGGCCAUGUGUGGUGCAGAGCAUGAAGGUCAAGGAAUGGCUUGAACGGAAACACGCAGAUGAUGAUUCAAUUGUUUUUGUAAAGGACCACAAGACGGCUGCACAUUUUGUGGUCUCAAUUGUCCUGUCCAAGAAGGAGGAGGCGUGGUUUGAAAAAUAUUACAACAAAGUGCGGCCACAGCUCCUUGCUGGCGAAAGGAAACGUAAGCGAGAUGAGCAGGAUGAGAAGGAUGGAGAUGAUUUUUUCUUUGUGUCCUCCCGCGGUAAGCCAAUUUACAAUGCAGCUGGUGAUCUGAUAAAGCUCCAGCAAAAGUGCAACGUCCCCCAGGUGAGCAGCCAGGUUGUACGGAGGGUAUUUGAGACAGCAGCUAACCGCCUGGAUGACCCUCAGAAGAAAGCAGUUUCUGACUACCUGGGCCAUUCUGGCACAACAGCUGACAGACAUUACAGGAUGAAAUCUCUUGAAUCCAUUGUGAUGGCUGCUGGUCAGCUGAAGAAAUUACAGAAGCAGAAGAAGUCAAGUGCUGGGCCUUCCGGAGAAGGGCUCUUGGAGAAGGGACCAGCCCUCAGUUAGUGGAGUCUUCCAGCCAUGGUGACCAUUGUGCUCUCCCUCAGCCUUCCUUGAGACAGCUAGUGAUCGAUUUAGAGAGGAUUCCUGCAUCAUGGACAACAAACGGAUCCAGACAUUGGUGAAAACACAAGACUGGAAAGGACUGCACAUCACACAGUUUGAAGAGAAGGGCGAUGGGAUCAUUACGACCCGCACUUUUAAGAAAGGCGAGGUUGUAUGUGAUUAUCAUGGGCCUGUUGUUAGUGGAAAGGAGGGCGAGAACAUACACAAAAACACAACUGGAAAGGAGACUGGAUAUAUCUUCUUUUUCCGGAACAGUAAAGGACAGCCAAUGUGCAUUGAUGCCCACUCAGACAGGUGUCAUUGCCACCCUGACAAGAGAACAUUUGGCAGGCUGGUGAAUCAUUCCAAAAAGAACUCGAACAUCAAGCCCCUGCACUGUGUGGUGGACAAGCAUGGAGAAAUGAAGGAUGUGAUCCUUUUCAUUGCAACCAAGGACUUGCCAGUGGGUGAGGAAGUUCUGUUUGACUAUUGAGUCAACAAAAAAUCUUUUAACAAUGAGGGGUCGGACCUUGACUGGCUCUAGCAGGGCAUCAGCCUUCAGAGACACAUAUGACAUGUCCCUGGUUGGUGAAAUGUUUCAUCUGUGUGUUUGUUUGUGCUGAUGGCUCUUUAAAGGAUAUGGAUGAGGACUCCAAAAUCGUACCAUGACCCGUUUGGUGAGAUGUUUCAUAUGUUUUUUAGUGGAACAAUUCUUGGCAUGUAUGGAUAAACUUUCUGAAUAUGAUGCGUGGCCUUUGACCUUUGGGGGGUGGUGGGGCGGCGGGUGACUCCUAAAGCUUACAGGGCAUCUGCCUUCAGAGACACAUAUGACAUGUCCCUGUUUGGUGAAAUGUUUCAUCUGUGUGUUUGUUUGUGCUGAUGGCUCUUUAAAGGAUAGGGAUGAGGACUCCAAAAGCGGGAAAUGACCCAUUUUGGUGAAAUGUUUCAUAUGUGUUUUUUAGUGCUGAUUUUUAUUUUGUUGUGUAGCUGUUUUGCAACUUGUUCUAGCUUGUGUAACUUAAAUUGAGGUUCUGUGGUGAUAUCCUGUUUCGUAUCUUUAGAGAUAUAUCAAUUAAAAAUCUUAUUAAUUCUAGAGGACUGCUGAGGUUUCUCUCAUUUUGGUAAACUUCAACACACUUGCAGACUUUCUCCAAGAUUGCCUUUUUUCCAAAGACAGAGAUACACUUUCAAGAUAUUUUAUUAACAUUUGCACUUCACAUUUUGAUUAAUCAUUUCAAUCACACAUUCCCCAAGGUCUGGAAAAGAUAAUAAUUGUGUCUACAUAAAUGGAUGCAUUUCAUUCACACAGAGAGCAACUGUCGAACUGCAAUGCAUUUUUGCAUAAUUUCUUCGAGUGAAACCAGCCCUAACCCUUCCCCAAAGAUGAGAAACCAAUUUGAAUGGUCCAUUGACAAUUUCUAAAGCAGCUCAUGAAUAAAGGUGGGGCUUCACUGCACAGGGAGUGUGAGUGACCUAAGGCCAAGUCAAUUUGUAAUACAAUGGGUGGAUAACAUAUUGGACAUGUCUGCAGGUUUGUAAGACAUGGCUCUAAAUAGUUUACACAACAAAGAAGUCAGUCGAUUGGCCUGGUCACAAAACCAGAUUUACUGGCUCCAGUGGGAACUUGAAUACGAAUUAACUUAACCUCUCUCAGUUAAGAGGGGAGGGAUUUGUUUAUAAGAUACAGGGAGAAUGAAUACAGUUCCUUCUAAUGUAAUAAUUAUAUAAACAAGGUUAAUAUAAUUUGUAUGUGAUUGUAUAUUUAUAGUUAUGAUUGAUAUUUCCACGACAGUGUCCUAUUCUCGAAUAGAUGUAUAUUGAGUGUGUGUGUGUGUGGGUGUGUGUGUGUGUGUGUGUGUGUGUGCCUGUGUGCCUGGCCCCGGUCCGGGAGGGCCAGGACCUUGUCAGGGGGGCUCCGGUUGAUGUCUGGGGUGGCAUGGGACCUGUUGUGGCUCGGCUCCCGUCACCCAAAGCAUUGUGCGGGGGAGCUGGGCCCUGGACCACAAGGGUCACUGUAAAACAGACAGAAAGAAAGAGAAAAGGCUGAAACAAUCACCAGAAAACGAAAUUAAUGAAAGAAAGGCCUAAAACAAUCACCAGAAAACGAAAUAAAUGAAGGAAAGCUCUAAAACAAUCAUCAGAAAAUGAAUUAAAUGGAAGAAAUUAGAUAGAAUAGGUUAAAA